UCACUCAGUUACAUUUGUCCUUGAGAGAAACACACCUGACAGGUGAAUUUCACAAAUGGUUGUGUAAAAGUGAAUUGUCGUAAUGGGAUCGUCUAUUAUAUUCCUGCUCCUCUAUGCAGGACUGAUAGGUUUGGGGGGUGUGAAAUCUGCAGAGCAAAAUCAAACCUGUGGAACCGGUGCUGGAAUUACAUCAGGACAAUGCACUCAUAUGUCAAACUCCACGCAAAACUUCUUGUCGUGUGCCGGCGUGCCAUCAGAUCUUGAAGCGGAUCAUGUGUUGAAUCUAAAGGGACUCAUCAGUGCUGCUCUGGAUGUUUACACAUUCAUGCGCUCCAGCGUGUCCGGCGUUCCUGUGCUGGAUCUGUCCGGAGGUGUCGCCCUGGAUGAGGAUCAUGUGAUCAAGGCGUGGCUGGACGUCAGACUCACUCCUCUGCUGUCAUCCAUCUCCAGAAACUUUCUUACGUGUCUCAGUAACAGAAACUUCAGCUGCAAUGCCUACCAGACUGUUGUGAGGGAGUUGAGUCAGCAUUUCUCUCAUCUAGAUCCAGUGAAACAGAAGUGGAUUUAUUCUUUUUUUAUGUACCCGUUUCUCUCGAGAAACACAUCCUCAGGUUGUGUUGAUCCAGAGGCCAGCAGUGAGGAUUGGCUCAUGAAGAACUUUGGCUCAUUCUCAGUCAUGGCUCAAGUGCGAGACUUCACGUCCAUCAAUAUGCUGUUCAGCGGGUUGGAGGUUUUGCACCUCUUGACUCGAGAGCAGAAGGCCGAGCUUCUCCUCUAUCCAGAGAUGGUGGGCUUGACUGACAGCUCUCUCAGUCUGGUCUUCCAGAGUUUACUUUCCUCUCUUCAGUCCUCCGAGAAUCACCAGCCAUCAGAUAACGGCACGAUGUUUUACAUGAGUAACGGUACAUCCGCCUCGAUGCAGGAUCCCCUCCGACAGGCUCUUAAUGGAUUCAUGACAGCAUUUAGACCCGUCGGAAGUUUUGUACACAACUUUGUGUCCCUGACACAGCAGCAAAACUUGUACGGUAUGCGGAGCGCCACGCUAAUGCAGGCCGUGAUAAACCUCACGCUCGCUGAGAUCGCCGCUCCUUUCAAGCAGCAGAAUUUGACAGAUGAGCUGCAGGACGAGUUUGACCCCACAGAUAUUGACGACUGGUUCACAUAUGUGGUCUCUCCGAUGCUCAGGCGAUUCCUGCCCGGUGACCUGGCCGAAAUCCCAUCCAACCUCACGGCUGUCUUCCAUAACCAGUUCUACAUCGAGACAGGGAUGGGAUCUCAAGUCCCGAAUGAAAGUCAAGACAUCUGUAGCGUCAGUAUCGACGACAGAACGUGUGCCCUGACGGACCUGGUGGAGCACGUGUCCACUAUCCUGAACUGUGCCGCACGCUCGAACUUCACGCUCACGGAGGAGACGCUCUUGGAAGUUCUCCUUCAUCUCUCCCAGAACCUCAACGCUCUUCUGCAGCAGCUCUCCAUGACUAAUUUCAGUUCCCAGAGUCCGUACUUUGGUGACAUCCUGAAUCAAAUAGAAGACACCUUCACGACGCAGAGCUUGAAGGACGAGUCUUUUGUCAGAUUAUGGUUCCAGGUCAAACUGAAGCCUCUUCUCUCCACGCUGACUCCAGAAUAUCUCACAUGCCUCAGUCACAAAGAGUUCAGCUGCCAAACCUUCCAGCUGCUUGUUUCAGAACUAAGUGACAACAUGUUCAUGAUGUCAGGAGAAGGACCACAGGAUGUGUAUAGAUAUUUCAUCUUCUCCUAUCUAAGCCUAAAAAAUGGUUCAGGUGGUUGUCCCGCUGAAAACAGCAGCGUCUGGGUGACCCAAAACCUUGGUGGAUUUUCACACUUUGCCAUGUUAAUGGAGAUGUACCAGCUAAAGCCAGACUUUAACGCUAUCGAUGCAAUCCCAGUUUUAUCUCCGAAUCAGCUGGCUGAACUGAUUGUUGAAGAUUUUCCUCGUCUCCCAGAGAAAAGCAUCAUCAUAAAUUUAGUUUUUGAUUAUAUCUUGAUUUCUCCAGAGGAGCGUGGUCUAUUUAUGAUGCUUGAACACCUCAUCAUGCUCGCUGACGAGAUGGGUCUGGAGUGCUCUUCAUACCAACUCAUUGUUCAGAGACUGGAGGAGUCUUUGCUUCUUCACUACAUGAUGGAACCGGUUCAGGACAACAUAGACCUGUUGAAAAAGAUGGCCUCACCUGGCUGCUUUCCUCCACCUUUUACGUGUAUUUCAACUCCUGUCAAUGAAACCACAAUUUGCUCUGGAGUAAAUGGUGAUGAGCUGAACGCUCUUCUGUCAGCUGGUUUCAUGAGCGUCUCCUGUAAUAUCAGUCUGGAUCAGUACGCUUGUUCUCCGUUGAAUGACUUCACUGCUGUAAACCUGGCAGAUCUUCUGAAGUGUCAACUAUCAAGCAACAUCAGUUCAUCAAAGGAAAUCUGGAAACUGCUCUUCACCAAAACAAAUGAGGUUCUAGAUCAGGCGCUCAUCAUCUUCUCAAGCAUGGCAGAAAAUAUGACUCAGCCAAUCAGAAGUGAGUCUCUGUCUCAUGUGCUGGAUGUGAUCGCUGAACUCAGACUGGAGCAGUUGAGUCCUGACCAAUGGAAUGUGUGGUUCAAUAAGAGUCUGAAGGCCUUUUUACCGUACGCAUCAUCCUCACUAUUGCAGUGCAUGAUCAGCAAAAACCUCAGCUGUCAAACCUACCAGCAACUUCUUCAGGCUUUUAAUAUUCAGUUCCAUCUAAUGGAUGAGAUGCAGAGAAGCAACAUGGUGGAGUUCUUCAUCUUGCCCUUCCUCAGAAGAAACACAACAGAUCAAGGCUGUGUAUCAAGUUCUAACAGCAGCACUGAGUGGCUACAGAUGAACUUUGGGUUGUUUGUUCAGUUUGUGUCUCUCAGAGAUCUGCUCUUCAUCGACCCACUCUUAAAUCCUUUGGAGACUCUGGAUUAUCUCUCUGCAGACCAAAUGGUUGAACUGAUGGUUGAUGAUCUUCCUGAACUUACAGAAAAAGAUCUGAUCAUCAAUGAAGUGUUUGAUUAUCUGUUGGAGUCUCCUGUGGAACGAGGACUUCCUGAUGUUCUCGAAAUCCUGCUCAUACGCUCACAGACGACCAUUAUUCCAUGCAGUUCAUAUCUACUGAUUUUUGAGAAGUUGUUCAAUGCUUCAUCUUCUUUGCCAUCAUACGUGGAGACUCUUGUCCUUCAAAUAACUAAAGAACUCAAGCAGAAUGGAGCAAAAGACUGUAACCUUCCUCAACCUCCAACAUGUAUAUCUACAUUGGUAAAUGCUACCAGAGUCUGUGAAGGAGUCAACAGUGAUGAGCUGAACGCUCUUCUGUCAGCUGGUUUCAUGAGCGUCUCCUGUAAUAUCAGUCUGGAUCAGUACGCUUGUUCUCCGUUGAAUGACUUCACUGCUGUAAACCUGGCAGAUCUUCUGAAGUGUCAACUAUCAAGCAACAUCAGUUCAUCAAAGGAAAUCUGGAAACUGCUCUUCACCAAAACAAAUGAGGUUCUAGAUCAGGCGCUCAUCAUCUUCUCAAGCAUGGCAGAAAAUAUGACUCAGCCAAUCAGAAGUGAGUCGCUGUCUCAUGUGCUGGAUGUGAUCGCUGAACUCCGACUGGAGCAGUUGAGUCCUGACCAAUGGAAUGUGUGGUUCAAUGAGAGUCUGAAGGCCUUUUUACCAUACGCAUCAUCCUCACUAUUGCAGUGCAUGAUCAGCAAAAACCUCAGCUGUCAAACCUACCAGCAACUUCUUCAGUCUUUUAAUAUUCAGUUCCAUCUAAUGGAUGAGAUGCAGAGAAGCAACAUGGUGGAGUUCUUCAUCUUGCCCUUCCUCAGAAGAAACACAACAGAUCAAGGCUGUGUAUCAAGUUCUAACAGCAGCACUGAGUGGCUACAGAUGAACUUUGGGUUGUUUGUUCAGUUUGUGUCUCUCAGAGAUCUGCUCUUCAUCGACCCACUCUUAAAUCCUUUGGAGACUCUGGAUUAUCUCUCUGCAGACCAAAUGGUUGAACUGAUGGUUGAUGAUCUUCCUGAACUUACAGAAAAAGAUCUGAUCAUCAAUGAAGUGUUUGAUUAUCUGUUGGAGUCUCCUGUGGAACGAGGACUUCCUGAUGUUCUUCAAAUCCUGCUCAUACGCUCACAGACGACCAUUAUUCCAUGCAGUUCAUAUCUACUGAUUUUUGAGAAGUUGUUCAAUGCUUCAUCUUCUUUGCCAUCAUACGUGGAGACUCUUGUCCUUCAAAUAACUAAAGAACUCAAGCAGAAUGGAGCAAAAGACUGUAACCUUCCUCAACCUCCAACAUGUAUAUCUACAUUGGUAAAUGCUACCAGAGUCUGUGAAGGAGUCAACAGUGAUGAGCUGAACGCUCUUCUGUCAGCUGGUUUCAUGAGCGUCUCCUGUAAUAUCAGUCUGGAUCAGUACGCUUGUUCUCCGUUGAAUGACUUCACUGCUGUAAACCUGGCAGAUCUUCUGAAGUGUCAACUAUCCAGCAACAUCAGUUCAUCAAAGGAAAUCUGGAAACUGCUCUUCACCAAAACAAAUGAGGUUCUAGAUCAGGCGCUCAUCAUCUUCUCAAGCAUGGCAGAAAAUAUGACUCAGCCAAUCAGAAGUGAGUCGCUGUCUCAUGUGCUGGAUGUGAUCGCUGAACUCCGACUGGAGCAGUUGAGUCCUGACCAAUGGAAUGUGUGGUUCAAUGAGAGUCUGAAGGCCUUUUUACCGUACGCAUCAUCCUCACUAUUGCAGUGCAUGAUCAGCAAAAACCUCAGCUGUCAAACCUACCAGCAACUUCUUCAGGCUUUUAAUAUUCAGUUCCAUCUAAUGGAUGAGAUGCAGAGAAGCAACAUGGUGGAGUUCUUCAUCUUGCCCUUCCUCAGAAGAAACACAACAGAUCAAGGCUGUGUAUCAAGUUCUAACAGCAGCACUGAGUGGCUACAGAUGAACUUUGGGUUGUUUGUUCAGUUUGUGUCUCUCAGAGAUCUGCUCUUCAUCGACCCACUCUUAAAUCCUUUGGAGACUCUGGAUUAUCUCUCUGCAGACCAAAUGGUUGAACUGAUGGUUGAUGAUCUUCCUGAACUUACAGAAAAAGAUCUGAUCAUCAAUGAAGUGUUUGAUUAUCUGUUGGAGUCUCCUGUGGAACGAGGACUUCCUGAUGUUCUCGAAAUCCUGCUCAUACGCUCACAGACGACCAUUAUUCCAUGCAGUUCAUAUCUACUGAUUUUUGAGAAGUUGUUCAAUGCUUCAUCUUCUUUGCCAUCAUACGUGGAGACUCUUGUCCUUCAAAUAACUAAAGAACUCAAGCAGAAUGGAGCAAAAGACUGUAACCUUCCUCAACCUCCAACAUGUAUAUCUACAUUGGUAAAUGCUACCAGAGUCUGUGAAGGAGUCAACGGUGAUGAGCUGAACGCUCUUCUGUCAGCUGGUUUCAUGAGCGUCUCCUGUAAUAUCAGUCUGGAUCAGUACGCUUGUUCUCCGUUGAAUGACUUCACUGCUGUAAACCUGGCAGAUCUUCUGAAGUGUCAACUAUCCAGCAACAUCAGUUCAUCAAAGGAAAUCUGGAAACUGCUCUUCACCAAAACAAAUGAGGUUCUAGAUCAGGCGCUCAUCAUCUUCUCAAGCAUGGCAGAAAAUAUGACUCAGCCAAUCAGAAGUGAGUCGCUGUCUCAUGUGCUGGAUGUGAUCGCUGAACUCCGACUGGAGCAGUUGAGUCCUGACCAAUGGAAUGUGUGGUUCAAUGAGAGUCUGAAGGCCUUUUUACCGUACGCAUCAUCCUCACUAUUGCAGUGCAUGAUCAGCAAAAACCUCAGCUGUCAAACCUACCAGCAACUUCUUCAGUCUUUUAAUAUUCAGUUCCAUCUAAUGGAUGAGAUGCAGAGAAGCAACAUGGUGGAGUUCUUCAUCUUGCCCUUCCUCAGAAGAAACACAACAGAUCAAGGCUGUGUAUCAAGUUCUAACAGCAGCACUGAGUGGCUACAGAUGAACUUUGGGUUGUUUGUUCAGUUUGUGUCUCUCAGAGAUCUGCUCUUCAUCGACCCACUCUUAAAUCCUUUGGAGACUCUGGAUUAUCUCUCUGCAGACCAAAUGGUUGAACUGAUGGUUGAUGAUCUUCCUGAACUUACAGAAAAAGAUCUGAUCAUCAAUGAAGUGUUUGAUUAUCUGUUGGAGUCUCCUGUGGAACGAGGACUUCCCGAUGUUCUUCAAAUCCUGCUCAUACGCUCACAGACGACCAUUAUUCCAUGCAGUUCAUAUCUACUGAUUUUUGAGAAGUUGUUCAAUGCUUCAUCUUCUUUGCCAUCAUACGUGGAGACUCUUGUCCUUCAAAUAACUAAAGAACUCAAGCAGAAUGGAGCAAAAGACUGUAACCUUCCUCAACCUCCAACAUGUAUAUCUACAUUGGUAAAUGCUACCAGAGUCUGUGAAGGAGUCAACAGUGAUGAGCUGAACGCUCUUCUGUCAGCUGGUUUCAUGAGCGUCUCCUGUAAUAUCAGUCUGGAUCAGUACGCUUGUUCUCCGUUGAAUGACUUCACUGCUGUAAACCUGGCAGAUCUUCUGAAGUGUCAACUAUCCAGCAACAUCAGUUCAUCAAAGGAAAUCUGGAAACUGCUCUUCACCAAAACAAAUGAGGUUCUAGAUCAGGCGCUCAUCAUCUUCUCAAGCAUGGCAGAAAAUAUGACUCAGCCAAUCAGAAGUGAGUCUCUGUCUCAUGUGCUGGAUGUGAUCGCUGAACUCCGACUGGAGCAGUUGAGUCCUGACCAAUGGAAUGUGUGGUUCAAUAAGAGUCUGAAGGCCUUUUUACCGUACGCAUCAUCCUCACUAUUGCAGUGCAUGAUCAGCAAAAACCUCAGCUGUCAAACCUACCAGCAACUUCUUCAGGCUUUUAAUAUUCAGUUCCAUCUAAUGGAUGAGAUGCAGAGAAGCAACAUGGUGGAGUUCUUCAUCUUGCCCUUCCUCAGAAGAAACACAACAGAUCAAGGCUGUGUAUCAAGUUCUAACAGCAGCACUGAGUGGCUACAGAUGAACUUUGGGUUGUUUGUUCAGUUUGUGUCUCUCAGAGAUCUGCUCUUCAUCGACCCACUCUUAAAUCCUUUGGAGACUCUGGAUUAUCUCUCUGCAGACCAAAUGGUUGAACUGAUGGUUGAUGAUCUUCCUGAACUUACAGAGAAAGAUCUGAUCAUCAAUGAAGUGUUUGAUUAUCUGUUGGAGUCUCCUGUGGAACGAGGACUUCCUGAUGUUCUUCAAAUCCUGCUCAUGCGCUCACAGACGACCAUUAUUCCAUGCAGUUCAUAUCUACUGAUUUUUGAGAAGUUGUUCAAUGCUUCAUCUUCUUUGCCAUCAUACGUGGAGACUCUUGUCCUUCACAUAACUGAAGAACUCAAGCAGAAUGGAGCAAAAGAUUGUAAACUUCCUCAACCUCCAACAUGUAUAUCUACAUUGGUCAAUGCUACCAGAGUCUGUGAAGGAGUCAACAGUGAUGAGCUGAACGCUCUUCUGUCAGCUGGUUUCAUGAGCGUCUCCUGUAAUAUCAGUCUGGAUCAGUACGCUUGUUCUCCGUUGAAUGACUUCACUGCUGUAAACCUGGCAGAUCUUCUGAAGUGUCAACUAUCCAGCAACAUCAGUUCAUCAAAGGAAAUCUGGAAACUGCUCUUCACCAAAACAAAUGAGGUUCUAGAUCAGGCGCUCAUCAUCUUCUCAAGCAUGGCAGAAAAUAUGACUCAGCCAAUCAGAAGUGAGUCUCUGUCUCAUGUGCUGGAUGUGAUCGCUGAACUCCGACUGGAGCAGUUGAGUCCUGACCAAUGGAAUGUGUGGUUCAAUGAGAGUCUGAAGGCCUUUUUACCCUACGCAUCAUCCUCACUAUUGCAGUGCAUGAUCAGCAAAAACCUCAGCUGUCAAACCUACCAGCAACUUCUUCAGGCUUUUAAUAUUCAGUUCCAUCUAAUGGAUGAGAUGCAGAGAAGCAACAUGGUGGAGUUCUUCAUCUUGCCCUUCCUCAGAAGAAACACAACAGAUCAAGGCUGUGUAUCAAGUUCUAACAGCAGCACUGAGUGGCUACAGAUGAACUUUGGGUUGUUUGUUCAGUUUGUGUCUCUCAGAGAUCUGCUCUUCAUCGACCCACUCUUAAAUCCUUUGGAGACUCUGGAUUAUCUCUCUGCAGACCAAAUGGUUGAACUGAUGGUUGAUGAUCUUCCUGAACUUACAGAAAAAGAUCUGAUCAUCAAUGAAGUGUUUGAUUAUCUGUUGGAGUCUCCUGUGGAACGAGGACUUCCUGAUGUUCUUCAAAUCCUGCUCAUACGCUCACAGACGAAUCCUCUCAGCUGUCAGUCAAACCAGAUCAUUUUCAUGAAACUGGAGCAGAUCUUGAGAAGAUCAGCCGGUGAUUUGGAGCCGAUGAUCUGGAUGAGUCUUUAUAACUUUAACAGCACAGCACCUGCAGAUUGCUCAUUACUGCCAGUUCUGAACGAGUGCCAGUUGAUUCCAUACAAUGUGACUCAGGUGUGCAGUGGUGUAGACAGCUCUUCAUUACAGCAAUACUUGAACAAUGCAAACACUACACAGACGUUCUGUGACUUCAGCAUUGGAGAAUACGCUUGCACACCGAUGUUGAGUAUCAGCGUGAAGGAUCUUGUCUCUAUACUGGACUGUCAGCGAUCUGAAGAUGUGAUGAGCUCACCUGAAACCUGGAAACUUUUCCUCAUCAAAGUUUCACAUCUGCUGGACUCUGCUCUUUACACCAUCUAUAACACGUCGAUGUGGUGGAGUGACCCGUCAGGCACUGUUAUUCUGGAUGUGCUGCGAGAGCUGCGAUUGGACGGACUGACAGAUGACGGCGUCAUUGCGACGUGGUUGAAUGGACGUCUCAGACCGUUCCUGCCGGUCGCUUCUGGAGCGUUCCUGCAGUGUUUGAGCCACAAAAACUUCAGCUGCCAGAACUUCCAGACAAUCGUUGCAGCGUUUGAUGCAGGAUUUGAUCAUAUGGAUGAACUUCAGCAACAGACGACACUGACAGAAUUCAUCCUACCGUUGAUCACGAGACAGACAGCAGAUGUGGCGUGUCCGUCCAAUGACAGCGCUCGAUGGCUCAUCAGUAAUUUCGGACAGUUUUCUACACUCCUGACUCUCAAUCAGCUGAUCGCUCUCAACCCGCAACUCAACCUGUUGGAGAUCCUGGACUAUCUCUCUCCUGAGCAGUUAGCUGGACUGAUUGUUGAUGAUGUUCCAGAGAAAGUGGUGGUCAUUAAUCAAGUGUUUAUUCACCUCGCUGGGUCUCCAGAGAAAAUCCCAGACGUUCUAUACUUCCUGGUUAAAAUGUCAAAGAUGAACAACAUCUCUUGUGUUUCAUACCAAGCCAUUUUCCACCGUCUGGAUCAUCUGCUGGUCAGUGUGUCAGUGGAUCUGGAGACCAUUAUUCUGAGGAGUAGAUCGGCUCUGCUGCAGAAUGUGCCACAGGGUUGUAUGAGCUACAGUGGGGCGUGUGACAUCACUCCAGUGAAUGAAACGGCAGCAUGCAGAAAUGUCACCAGCUCGGCUCUGUUGGCGUAUCUUAACUCACCUCAUAAUGGCAGUCAGCUGUGUGAUUUCAGCAUUACACAAUACUCAUGUACAGAGUUGACAGAUCUGAGCUCACAGGACCUAGCGACGGUGUUGCUGUGCAGUUUCCAUGGUAACGAGAACGUGUCAGAUGAGACCUGGAAACUUUUUGUGCAGAAGGUCAAUCCUGUGAUGGGUCCUGCAUUAGACCGACUCAGUGACACGAUGUUGAAUAAGUCCCGCCUCUCAGUGUCAUUCUUGAAUAUGAUUGGUGAGGUGACUCUGAGCACCUUUGGCUCUUCCAGUCUUCAAGACGAUUCGUUUGUCCAGCGCUGGUUUAACAGCAGACUCCGCCCAUUUUUACCUCACUCAUCUGAAGCGUUUCUGUCCUGUCUCUCCACCAAAAACUUCAGCUGUGACACCUUCAAGACUGUUGUGAACAGCUUCAGUCAGAGUUAUGACCUCAUGUCCAACAAUACACAAGCCAAUGUUUAUGUGGACUUCAUCAAAAUCUUCCUCUCGCUCAACUCCACUAAAGGUUGUGUGGAUGGAACUGAAAGCAGCUCUGAUUGGCUGAUGAUGAACUUUGGAGCUUUUAAUGUUUUCACAACAAUCAAUGACCUACAGACAAUCAAUCCAUCAUUCAAUGUGUGGGACACACUGAGUCUGUUGAGUAUCAGACAGUUAGUGGAGGUGUCCAUUACUCCUGGUCUCCUGUCCACCAGCGCUGAAGCUAACCAACUGCUGUCAAUCAUACCAGACAAUCAACUCACAACAUACUACACAUCACUGUCUACAGCACUACAGGUUGAGGGUGUGUCUCUGUCUCCUCCAGUGCAGGAAGUGUUUCUCCAGCAGGUGUUUGACAGAGCAAAUCUCACAACAGUAUCAGAUGCUGAGCUGCAGGUCUGGAUCCUGGACAUUCUGCCUCCAUUCAUAACAAACAUCACAGCCCAACACGUCACAGCGUACUUCAGUGUCCUUCAGGGACGACCCUGCAACAUCAGCCAGCAGGGGGUGCAGCUCUUGAGCUCAUCCAUCUCCACCUUCCAAUCUGCAACACAAGAUCAGAUCUACCAACAGAUCCUCAACUCUCUCCAAGGCUCCACCCCGCUGCGUUGUUAUGGUAACCAGAGUUUCUUCUCUUUCCUGCAAUCAUCCUUCAUGAGUUUCCAGUUCCCGAAUCUGAGCACGUUCCUGUCGCUGAUGCCGCCCGGCCGCGUGCCCGAGCUGAUGGAUUCAAUCUCACCAGCGGAGAUCAACACGUUACUCAGUCGUCCUGGCGCCGUGGAUGACCUUACCAAAGUCUGCCAGCUUCUCUCCAGCUACCCGAAAACUCCACAGUACUUAGAGACGGAGCCCGUGUUGUCCGUGGUUUUGGGCAGACAGAUGUUGUCCUGCGUCUGGUCUCAGGUCCUGAGGAUUGUGAACCGGUCUGAAGUGGAUCAGUGGUUCGAUCAUCGACUCGUUCAGUAUCUGCCUUUCCUCACCUCACAGCUCAUCGCUCCAAAUGUCAUGCGAGACUCCUCCUGCGUCUCUUUCAGCAAGUUUGUUUCUGUGAUGGGUAAAUAUAACUACAGUGCUGUGGACUUUUCUCCGAGAGACAUCUACAGCACUAUUGAAGUCUACCUGAACACAACUUCAACUCCUAAAUGUUAUAACGCAUCUCAACCCGAUCUCAACUCCACCGCCUGGUUCGCCAACUACAUCGGCACAUUCAUGAGCUUCAUCACUUUGGAUGACCUGACGCUCCUCUUCGGUUCCUCACAGCUUCAGCCUUUCACGGUGAACCUGGAGAACCUGCAGCUCUUGAAUAGCGUGAACAUUCCUGAUAACGUCACUGAGUUUUACGUCACUCUGCUCUUCCAGGAGAACCCGAACUUCAAUGCCUUCAAUCUUCCUGCAAAGUUUCGCUGUCUGGCUCCCGUAAGCUCUUUCCGUCAUUUGACUAUGGAGCAGUUAGACAUCGUCUCUCCCAGCAUCCAUCAGAACUGCAAGAACAUCCAACCUGACGUGUCAGCUGCUCUGGCCAGUAACGCACAAGUCCUGACGCUGGACAGCAUCCAGGCUCUGGGUCAGUCGUGUACGGGUCUAAGCCUGGCUCAGCUCAGCAGCGCUGGACCACAGGUUCUGCUCAGCGCUCUGUCUGUCUUCAGCACUGUGAUUGGCUGGAACCAAGACCAGGCCAUGACCAUCAUCCAGAUCCUGCUGUCGUCUAAUCUUUACCAGAUUAACAGUGCGUCCAGUCUUCAAGGUCUCGGUUCACUCAUCAUUGGUGUUUCAUCAUCUUCUAUUAACCUCAUGUCCAGCAGUGAGGUGCUCACGUCUGUCCAAUCAGCUUCAUUUGUGACCAACGCCAUCACCUCACCCGUUAUCGUUCAACAGACUAUUGUCAAUCAGAUUAUUGCUGUGAAUACAUCACCUGAUGUCAUAGUCGCUAACGUUCCUGACCUCAUGGCAACAGAGAUCCCGCGGAUCUUCCUGAUUGAUCUGUCGCCUGCUGUGGCACAAACGAUCAAUCAUAAGAAAUGGAAACAAGAACAGGCCAUUUUGCUCUUUGAGACCGUUGCCAUGAAGAUCAGUGAUCCAGACAGCAUCUCUUUUCAAGUGCUUCAGGGUUUCACAUGUACACGAGUUCAGAGCUUUACCACACUUCAGAUCAAUAAUCUGAUCCAUGGGUGCCGGCGACGCGGCAAUGAGACGGUCGUCCUGCAGGAGUCACAGCUGACAUGCAUGUAUUACUACAUUAAGAGCGCUGAUCCCAGUGCAUUCUCUCAGUAUCCGGCGGAGACGCUCCUCUAUUACGAUUACUCUCUCGUUCAAACAUCUCUCUGCUCAUCGUAUUUCUCUGCGCUGGGUAAAGCCGACUUCUCAGUGUUGUCCAGCACGCUCUCCUUUAAAAAGCAAACGCUGUUCAGUAACGCCAAGGGCUGUCUGGGAAUAUCUGGGUUUUAUAUCAGUCGCGUGCAGCUGGAUGUUCUGGGAAAUAUGUGUUGUAUCUUGAGCGCUGACUACAUUGUGAACUCCGACCCAUACGUGCUGGAAAAACUCAAAGAUUGUCCAGAUUUAUCAGACGAGCAGACCUCUGCUAUAGAGACACUUCUACUGACCGGAAAGACAUCUUAUGGACCUUCAGAUACGUGGAACAGAACGACUCUGGACAAUCUGGGAUUUCUGUCUCUCUAUUUCACCUCCAACAUAUGGGGCAAAUUUACACAGCCAAUCAAACAGCAGUUUCAGAAGACAUUUAUACGUGGGUUAAGGAAGAAAGACAAAGAUUUAGAGAAGAAGUUAAUAAAGAUGAUGAAAGAGUCGAGCAAAAGCUCAAGAGCCAAGAGAGCCACUGUCACAGAUUGUACAGUAGGACAAAUAACGCAGGUGGAGGUUUACAGCAACUUGUUUCCAUUUGACUACGACGUGACUCAGUUCAACGUCUGUUUGAGUGUUCAAACGGUGAAGUACAACCUGGAAGCCAUCACAGAUAAAGUUUAUGACCCUCAGUAUCAGCGAAUAGUCCUGGACAAACUCAACCAGGCGUAUCCUGGUGGACUCUCUGAUGAGGUGCUGCAGGUUUUAGGCCCCACCUCCCGCGUGGCCACGGCCAGUGACAUCACAAGUUGGAACGUGACGAAGGUCGACACGCUUGCGUCUCUGAUGAACUCACGCAAUGGAGACUGGGAGCCAGUGUUGGUGGCUCUGAUCGUCAGUAAAUAUCUGAGUGUGAAAGGAAACAGCCUUGGCAUCGCUGAACUCAACUCGCUGGGAUCAAACGUUUGUGCCCUCGACACAAAUGUGCUGAACAGCAUCGCAACAGUCAGUGUGGAACGGGCGACCGCUCUUGCGCUGACCAACUGCACUUUAGAGAAGAAGAAAAUAAUGUUCAGCAUCGCUCAGACUGCAUUCAGUCCAACAAACAGACGCGGUGCAGACAGAAUCAGCCUUACAACAUACCAACUCAUGCAAUCUUACCUCGGUGGUGCUAACACUGCAUUUGUUUAUAAACUGGUCAAUUCUGACGUCAAUAUGGAUGUGCCGACCUUUAUGGGUCUGGAUCAGAGCGUCAUCGAUGUGCUCAAUGUGACUGAUGUGAAGAAUUUGUUGGGGGUGAAUGUCGGAGAUCUGAAGACGUAUGAAAGCGCCUCACAGAUACAGGAGUGGAUUAGACUGCAGCUGCAGUCGGAUCUCGACACGCUCAACAUCGGACUCAAAGGCGGCAGGAACGCCACGGUAACCACGGCCAAACCUUCUGUCAGCAUCAGCACCACUAAAGGCAAAGUCACAGGAGCGAACACUGUAGCCACUACAGGUGCUGGUUUCAGAGUUUGGCCACCUGUCUGUCUGCAGCUGCUCCUAUUGGCAGUCACCAUGAUGCUGCUGCACUGAUGUCAUCGUUAUACCUCUGUAUUACCUCUCGCUUUCUCUCUGUCUCUCACAUAUUUAAGAGUUUCUGCACUUUAAUGUAUAAUAAUGUCUUUUAUUACUUUGGUUAAGGAAAAUAUUUAAGCCCGGAGACCUCACGAAAGAGAGAUAAAGGCUUUUUGAGUUUCCUUAAUGCUUAAUUUUAGUUAAUCUUCCUACACCGUAGACUAGGGAGAUCAUAACAGAAGGAAUGAAAUAAACAAUUCAUGACAUCAUCAGGGAUCAAUGACCUACAUUUACAUCUGUGUACAAAUCAAGUCUUUUAAUAAAUCAUAUU